UGACUGUUGUGUCAUUUUAAUUUGACGUCUUAAUUCUAAUAAUAUUUGAUUUCAUAUUGAUAAUAAAUUAAAGACAGAAUGUCUUACGUUGACUUGUGAACUCGUGUUUAGUACUUGACUGGGUUAAUCAGUCAGAAUUAUAUAUCUUGCGCGUAGGGUCCUGCACUGUUCUUAUUUAACUGAAUCUCACUUCUCAGAUUUUAUCUAAAAAAAAAUACAAAAAUGUUAAGAAAGUCUCUAAAUUUAGUGCCAAGACGUCACGAGGUGCAACAAUAUGCAUACUCCAGUAAGCUGGAUACAAUAAGAGAGAAGUUGAGAGAAGGGCCUGGCUUAGGAGAUUUCAUAUCUGAGGAUAGACCCAAGAACUGGGAUGACUAUGAAGGGAAAUUGAAAAGAGAGAAGGGAGAAUCUGAAAGAUUGCGGCUGCCACCUUGGCUGAAGACAUCCAUACCUACCGGUUCUAAAUUCAGUGCUAUUAAAGAACAAUUACGAAGCCUUAAACUGAGCACAGUCUGUGAAGAAGCGAGGUGUCCUAACAUUGGAGAAUGUUGGAGCGGCGGCAAACAUGGCACAUCAACAGCAACUAUUAUGCUUAUGGGUGACACCUGCACUCGUGGCUGUAUGUUUUGCUCAGUUAAAACAUCUAGAGCUCCACCUCCUUUGGACCCAGACGAACCAAGGAAUACUGCUAAAGCAAUAUACGAAUGGGGCCUUGGCUAUAUCGUGCUUACUUCGGUUGAUAGAGAUGACUUGCCUGAUGGAGGUUCAUGUCAUAUUGCUGAAACUGUUAAAGAAAUUAAGAGGCAAAAUCAAGAAAUCCUUGUAGAAUGUCUAGUACCAGAUUUUCGUGGGAACCGCGACAGUAUAGGAACAAUAGCGAAUUGUGGUUUGGACGUGUUUGCUCAUAAUAUCGAGACAGUGGAACGACUGACUCCCUUUGUGAGAGACAAACGAGCCGGUUAUAGACAGACCCUCAAGGUCUUAGAGACGGCGAAGGAAAUAAAUCCAGAUCUGAUAACCAAAUCCUCCAUAAUGUUGGGCCUCGGCGAAACGGACCAACAGGUGGAACAAACAAUGAAAGAUCUCAGGGCAGUAGGAGUAGAUUGUGUUACACUCGGCCAAUACAUGCAACCAACGAAACGUCACCUCAAAGUACACGAAUACGUCACACCAGCUAAAUUCAAGGAGUGGGAGGAACUCGGCAACAAACUGGGCUUCCUGUACACAGCCAGCGGACCCCUAGUGAGGUCCUCGUACAGAGCUGGAGAGUUCUUUAUAUCCAGCCUUUUAAGAGAUAGAAAAGCAAAGAGUAUUUGACCGGAGGAUCAUUAGACGUUUGUAAAAUUUAUAAAAAAGUGUAAAUAGAUUUAGUUGUAUAUAACUUUGUAUAAAGUUUAACCAUUUCAAAAUAGUUGGAUGAAAUAAAUAUUUAAAAAAAUAAUAUCUUUUUUAUUAGGAGUAAGAAGAGAGGCCACUGAUUGAAUUACCUUGUGACCAGUUGUCAGCCCUUCUGCUCGUAGUUAUUUUGUAGUAAUGAAAUUUCUUCAAUUCACCCAAACACUAGCAUUUUAAAUGUCACAGCUGGACAUAAGUUUUUCUUAAUUGGCGUCAACAAGUUAGGUGAAUUCUGCUCUUUCUGGUUUAAUGUUUUUAGUAAGUCAGCAGUGUUCUCUGCACUUUUACCGAUUCGUGGAUUACAUUUGAGUGUAUAACAGCUAUAUAAUAAUGUAUUCUUAUAGCCCUUGUGCUCAUGAUUCAUUAGUUAGUGUGUUGCAUAACCCCGAAAAGCCAUGUAUCGUGGCUUCUUCACAAAACGUUUUUGACAAACAAAUGUAGUAUUUUAAUUAAAAUAAAAGUUUUUUGCUUAUAGUGAGA